ACUAAUACUACGUACUACCACGUAUAAACUUAAAGGUAGCUUACGUAGCCGAACUUUUUCACCAGUACGAUAUUUACCGCACGUGCUCUGCAUGGAUUGGCUAUUAUCGUUAUCCAAUUCUUCCAUAAUAUGAGUUUCAUGGUAAAUUUAAAGAUGCGGUUAAUUAUAUUUUUUUAUUUUUUACUACUGUGUGUGAUAUACAUUAAAGCAGACAGAAGGGUAAAUAAAUAUGUAACCACUCUAAUAGAUGCAAAAUGGAAAGAAACACCCUUAGCUCUUGAAGCUGCUGAAUAUCUAAAUGAUGAAAAUCCAAGUUACUUUUGGAAAUUCAUAGAUGCUUUUGCCAAUUAUGAUUUAAGAAAUGUUACAGAAAAAGAAAACUACGAUGCUGUUAUUGCUUUUGCUGAAAAAUAUUUAUCUCAGUCAGAGGUAGCAUUAAUGAAAUUGGGUCUGUCUUUACGAAUUUAUUCGGCACGAGUGGAAAUGUUCACACAAAUGGCAGAAAAUAAAAAUGUUUCCAUCUUUGAUUGUUAUAAUGUAGUAGAUGUCGGUGGAGUGUUUACUUGUUCUUUAGAAGAAUUAGAGGAACUAGCUAGUCAAGAUACUUGGUUACGUCCAGAUACAUAUAGUGUAGAUCAUCGUUAUCAUACGUCUCAGCAAUCAGAAAAGAUUAUUAUAUUGUAUGGCCAGAUUGGAACACCAAAAUUCUCAGAUUUUCAUAACAAAUUAAAAAGUCUUACAGAAAAUAGAGGAAUUAGUUAUAUUUUGCGACAUUAUUUAAAGGAUAGAAUAGACAAAAAUGUACGUUUAUCGGGAUAUGGAGUAGAACUGCAAAUGAAGUCUACAGAAUAUAAAGCAACAGAUGAUUCGGAUAUCAAAGAUAAUGCAGGAAAAGACUCAGAGACCACUAAUGAUAGCACAGAAGAAAUAGAUGGAAUUAAUUUUGUAACAUUAAAAAACUUGUACCCUGAUAAGCAAUUAGAGCUGGAUAAGUUACAAACUCAUUUACUUGAAACUAGUCAUGAAAUUGGUGCUCUAAAAGUGUGGCAGUUUCAAGAAUUAAGUCAUCAAGCAGCUGAAAGGAUAAUGAAUUCUCCCACAAACGAAGCCAUUAAUGUUUUGACGGAUAUUUCGCAAAAUUUUCCAAUGCAAGCAAAAUCUCUAAUUAGAACAAAAGUGAAUAAUGAAAUGAAGAAAGAAAUGAAACUCAAUCAAGCAAUGUUUUCUACAAGUUUAAAUAUACAACCCACAGAUACUGCACUUUUUAUUAAUGGUUUAUUUUUUGAUCUAGAAGCAGUAGAUGUGCUUAGUCUUUUAGAAUCAUUAAGAAGCGAAUUAAGAGUAAUGGAAUCUCUUCGUAAAAUCGGAUUUAAUAACAAGGAGAUGAGUACAUUGCUGACUUUGGAUUUGUCCACUAACAUGGAUAAACAAGAAUUCGCAAUGGAUAUAAGAGAUUCGGCAAUAAUUUGGGUAAACGAUAUCGAACAGGAUUCAGCUUACGGAAGAUGGUCGUCGUCGUUAACAGAAUUAUUAAGACCAACUUUUCCUGGCAUGCUUAGAAAUAUUAGAAGAAAUUUGUACAAUUUGGUAUUAAUUAUCGACCCUUUAAGCGGAGAAUCCACCCCUUUGAUAACUUUAGCACAAUCUUUAUAUCUACAUUCCGCACCAUUAAGAGUAGGUUUUGUUUUCGUAACGAAUCACGAUACUUCUAUAACUGGAUUGACUGAUGCUAGUGUUGCCGUUAAUAAUGCAUAUCAUUACUUUGCGGAAACUAAAGGAUCGGAACAUGCUUUGCAAUUUCUGAUAAAUUUAGGAAAUUAUAUUGGUUCAGAAGGUCCAGACGUAGAAGAUGUAAAGAAAGCAAUAAAAGUGCAAGAUUCGUCUGCUAACGUAAAUUAUAUCCUCGGUGAAGAAUCUGAAUAUGACGUAGGACGUCACUUAGCUAAUGAUUUCGUAAAACGAUCUGGUUUUAAAAAAUUUCCGCAAGCUUUGCUAAAUGGUGUACCUUUGUCAGCCGAACAAUUGAACGCCAACUCAUUCGAAGAAGCUGUUCUAUCUACGAUCAUGUCACAAACGCCUGCAUUACAAAAAGCAGUGUAUCGAGGAGAAAUAACCGAAGGAGAUGAUGUAGUCGAUUAUAUUAUGAAUCAGCCAAAUGUUAUGCCUCGCUUGAACGAGCGAAUAUUGAAACCGGAGAAACACACAUGGUUAAACUUAAUCGGCACUAUACCUAACGAUAAAGAUUAUAGUAAAUGGAGUCCUCAAGAUUUAUCAACAUGGUUGAUGGAUAGAAUGCGUUAUUUAUACGUAACACGACGCACAAGUGUACACCAUUUAUAUACCUUUUGGGUUGUAGCAAAUUUAAAUGAUGCAGAAGGGAGACAAUUAUUACGCGAGGCGCUUGAAUACAUAGAUUCGAAUGCAGAUGUCAGAAUUAGUGUAAUCGUUAAUCCGUUCGACGGUACUAAUGAUGAUAAUACAAUUGAUAUUAAUCAAAUAGUUCUAGCUACGUUACAUAGCCUGCCAGCAGAUAAGGCUAUACGUUUUAUUCGUAACAUAAUUAAAGAAGAUGUUGCUAACGGCAAAAUUGACAUAGAGGAAGAGGCUAUAAAAGAACAGUUGAAAAACCAAGCUGAUGAAUUGUUUGUACAUCGCCAGUACGUGAAAACGGUACUAAACCUGCAACAGGGAGUUAGAGCGAUCGUGUGUAAUGGAAGAUUAAUUGGUCCUUUAGAUGAGGGCGAAGAAUUUACAAGCGAAGAUUUUUCGCUUUUGGAAAGAUUCAGUCAAAGUACUUAUGAUGAUAAAUUGUUCAAAAUAUUAAUAAAGGGACAAUUGUUGGAAAAUGAUGAGUAUGAAAAAAACGAAGUCACCGAUGAUAUGAUAAUGAAAAUUACAUCCUUAUUAGCAUCGCACCCUCAAACGCGGAGCCGAUUUCACGUUCCAUUUCACGGUGAUGAAUAUAGCGCCAUAAAGGUUCCAGCAACAAAUUCGGACGAAGUGGCAUUUACCUUGAUUGCUAUCGUUGAUCCAGUAUCUCGCGGUGCACAAAAAUUGGGUCCGAUUUUAAAAACGCUUCGACAAUCUUUAAACUGUAACGUUAAAGUGUUUUUAAACUGUUUGGACAAAAAUAGCGAUAUGCCGUUGAAAAGCUUUUAUCGUUUCGUGUUCGAACCUCAGUUACAAUUCUCCCCCGACGGACGUGUUAAUGGGGCUAUGGCAAAAUUUACAAAAUUGCCAACUUCAUCUCUUUUGACACAGUAUAUUCACGCACCAGAAAAUUGGUUAGUGGAAGUAGUUAGGAGCGUGUACGAUUUAGACAAUAUUAAAUUGGACAAUGUAGCGAUUGGAGUGCACAGUGAAUUUGAAUUAGAGCAUUUACUUCUUGAAGGUCAUUGUUUCGAAGCAGUAAUCGGAAAUCCACCUCGCGGAUUACAAAUCACAUUGGGAACGGAAAAGCAACCACUUAUGGUGGACACUAUAGUAAUGGCGAACUUAGGAUAUUUUCAGCUUAAAGCAAACCCAGGGGAAUGGAUAUUGCGUUUGCGGCAAGGACGGUCGGCAGAAAUCUAUGAUUUUACUACUAUUGGCGGUCAAGAUGUUUUACAAAACGGCAAUGACGUAAAGGUUGUUAUAAGUUCCCUCAGAAGUCACGUGUUGAAAGUCAAAGUAUCGAAAAAGCCGGACAAGGUGGGAAUGGAUCUUUUAUCGGAAGACGAUAAAGGUUCUGGCUUAUGGAACUCUAUUUCUAGCUUUUCCAAAUUUUGGACAUUUACGACAGCAGACGAUAGUGACGAUGAGGAUGAAAAAUUAAAUAUCUUCUCUUUAGCCUCUGGACACUUGUAUGAAAGAUUUCUGAAAAUUAUGAUGUUAAGCGUUAUAAAGCAUACUAAAAGUCCCGUCAAAUUCUGGUUUCUGAAGAAUUAUCUAUCACCAACGUUAAAAGAUUUUUUACCACAUAUGGCAAAGGAAUAUGGUUUUGAAUAUGAAUUGGUACAAUACAAAUGGCCUCGCUGGCUCCAUCAACAAACUGAAAAGCAAAGAACCAUAUGGGGUUACAAAAUACUAUUUUUGGAUGUGCUGUUUCCUUUAAACGUUAAAAAGAUAAUAUUCGUUGAUGCUGAUCAGGUUGUAAGGGCAGAUUUAAAAGAAUUGGCGACCAUGGACCUCGGCGGCGCGCCAUAUGCAUACACUCCAUUUUGUGACAGCAGGAAAGAAAUGGACGGAUUUCGAUUUUGGAAACAAGGUUAUUGGCGAAAUCAUUUACAGGGGCGUGCUUAUCACAUCAGUGCUCUGUACGUGGUAGAUUUGAAGCGAUUCCGACGUAUUGCAGCCGGAGACAGAUUAAGGGGACAGUAUCAAGCAUUGAGCCAAGAUCCUAAUAGUUUGUCUAAUUUGGACCAAGAUCUCCCCAAUAACAUGAUUCAUCAAGUGGGUAUUAAAUCACUGCCGCAGGAGUGGUUAUGGUGUGAGACUUGGUGCGACGACGCAUCCAAGAAAUAUGCCAAAACUAUAGACUUGUGUAAUAAUCCAAUGACUAAGGAAGCUAAAUUACAAGCUGCCGUACGUAUAUUACCGGAAUGGAUAGGUUACGAUGAAGAAGUAAAAGCCUUACAGAUGAAGCUGGAGAAUGAGAAUAGACAAACGGAGAAGGAGGAAAAUGAAACAUUCGAAGAUGUGGAAGAUUUUACCAAACACGAAGAAUUAUAAGCAGAAAUGGCAUGAAUUGUACGGAAAUCGAUCAAGAAAAGGGAAGAGUUUUGCGAAUAACUUUCCAGAACUAGUUAAAUUUCGUUUUCAAUAUAUGCAAGCACAUUGUUGCAGUGACGCGUGAUUUUUUUUAAUGCCGAGGAUGUAAGAAGAAUACGAUACAUUUACACGCGAAUAUCGAACGCUGCAGGGUGAAAUAGAUUACUGCAACUGAUUCUAUGAAAUUCAGCGAAACAUUCAGCCAUUUGAAAAUGGAUCGUUGUUAUCGUAAUAUCGUAGUAGUUAACUGUAGCCGGACAACUAUGACCGUGCCGUUAACACGAUUGUGAUUUUGUAUUGUCUACUUUAUAGUUGUAAAAAAUAAACUUGUAACGUUUGUAA